AUGCGGUCAAACAUAGACCAUGAUUUUAAAUUGAUUGAAAAUAAUAAAGAUAGCCCAGAUAACAUAAAAAUAGAUGAAAAUAUUCAAGAAAACCAUAAGAUUAAUUUAUCAUAUUCAGUAGAACAGUAUGAUCAAUGUGCGCUGGACGCUUUAAAAGGCGAAGAAAAGGUUAAAAUAGACGUUGUUACGGAUUCAUUUUGUAAAGAAAAUCUGUUGGUAUCUGAAGAAGUAGCUGAUAUUGCUGUAACCGCUGUAACACUAUCACCAAAGGUGACAGAAGAAGAAACAAAUAUAGAACAGGAUUCCCGGAAUCCGGAGAGUGAUUCGUGCAAUGGAUCUGAAAAUACAGAGACUAGUAAUGAUUGGAUGCAUUUAAGUAAAGGCCGAUAUUUUGGUAUUGCAGAAGAUGAGGUUAUUUGUCAUAAAUGUGGUGAACCAGGGCAUAUUCUCCGUGAAUGUUCUCAAGAAAUGUGUACAAACUGUGGAACAGUAAACGAUCAUUUGGCUUCUCGAUGUCCAAUGCUCCAAAGAUGUCACAAUUGUAAUGAACUUGGUCAUAUUCUUGUUGAUUGUAAAAAACCGUGGAAGUCAAACACGUGUAGUUUGUGUAAUUCAAAAUAUCAUCCAAACGAUAUGUGUCCUAAAAUUUGGAGAUGUUAUAUAUUCAGCCCAAAUGCGCCUAAAGAUUUUAAACCCAAGAGAUACUGUUACAAUUGUGCAGAAUAUGGACAUUAUGGCGAUGAUUGUCGUCUUCCUCAAUGUUCUAAAUAUAUGGAACCAUCUGCUUUCCGUAUUGAUAAUGAACCCGUUUCUGCUUCUGAAUAUGCAUAUUUAAAACAUCAAGAAAAAAUAAAAAAAAAAAGAGCUCUUCAGGCUUAUAAAGAAGAAGAAAGAGAUGAUUGGUUUGCCCAAAAAAUGAAAAGAUCUUCAAACCAUAAAUCAUCUAGAUCAAAUACCUUUUCAAAAAGUAACCCGUAUUGCAAAAUAAGCAAUUCAAAUCGCUUUUAUAAUAAACAUAAAGAAAUCUUAUAUGGCAACACACAUAAACGUGAAAAUAGUAUACAUGAUAAGAAACAUUUGAAAAAAGAUUUAAAUAAAAAAGAAUCCAUUUAUAUUAACGUAUUUUCACACUAA